CUCCCCCGCCUCCUACGCCCUUUACGACUUGCUAACGACACUUCCCAUCCCUUUGAGCCAGCAAAGCGAAAGUGUAGGCUUUUCUAGGUCACUAUGAGCGGUGCUGUCAGGCGGGGCGAUCGGCGUUCGGCGCGUAAUGCGCACGCCUCUCCUUAUGCGAGACCCACCAAGGCAUUUCCUCCCAAAAAAUCGUCAUGGGGUUUGCCCAGUCUUCUCAGCUUCCUCAACCCAUUCCGCUUUGGCUCUAAUGACACUAGCCCGGACAGCCCGGAGGAUGAUUCUGAGGAAGACAAGAUGGGCAUUUCUGAGCCGGGCGACGAGCAUUCUCUCUCAAAUCACGAACACGGCACGGAUACAGACACGCAACGCGUGAAUGGUCCCGCCCAGUCUCUGUCUCAACGAGGACACCAGAUUUCCCGAAACCUGCAAGACCAUACAGUUCGCAGCGCCGAGGCCAGCGGAUCCGGACGCAAUGGAUGGCAAAACCCACCAAACCAGUCUCCGUUCCUCUCACUCACCGCGGUGUCAUCCCAAGCCUCAAGGAAUGACAAUCGUCCCACCACACCUUUGGCUCAAUCCCUUGAACCAGUCACCAAAUUCCUAGCAGAAAAGCGUGGCCAGCCUCUAAACGACUUUGAAGCCGCAGGCAUUUUUAACUAUAUUCAAAACGUCCACAGCCCCGAAAAGCCCGAGCCGUUCCGAUUCUCCACGACAUCCUCACGCGACUCAUCGCCUGGCUUCACUCCUGGUGACGUCAGCGGUGCACCUGACAAUAACGAUGUUGCUCCUGCUCCACGGAAGACAUUGUCCAAGAAUCCGAACGGUGUAUACAGGUGGCAAGGCGGUGGAAGUUCUCGUCCCCGAAAUCGCUAUCAAUCACCUGCUUUCAGGCCACGACAACCGCAGCCAUCCAUUAAGCUUUCUCCGCCGAAAGCGGUGACGGACACAAAGCGUAGGAGGGUUGGUGAGGAGGCCGGAUCUUCCCAAGCUCAGCGAACCUCUUUGGCUCCCAGCAAACCCUUUGAACGUGAGGGCUCUCCUGGACCUGCCAGCACACCUUCACCGCCUGUGAAUGGCAAGGGUUCGUCUUCAUCUCCAUCUACUUCGCGCGUCAAUGGCGCGCAGGCGCCUCGCUUACGCACUACGGGUCUCACGUAUACACCUUCUGCGCCUGCCAUUCCAUCGCCCCUGCGACAGACUUGGAAGAAUGGCGACUCUCCUCCGCAAUCGCAGUCGCAGAUUACGCCGCCAUCGAAACCCACGAAGGCAGCCAGUUUUAUGUCAGGAUUGAUCAAGGAAGUCACACCGCCGAAGAAACUUGAAGUCGCCAAUCCUUACCAAGUUGCAUGUCCGGUCAAGCAACCCGUCAGAAAGCCGCCGCCGAGGAGAGUAAAGGCCGCCAGAUCCGUCGAGCAACCUAAGGAGCCGGAGCCAGACGUCGAAAUGUCCGCCCAAGCCGUCAUUGAGGCUACGGUGCCAAAGGGAAGCAAACGCUCAAGACCUCCGCCAGAGCUCGAAAAGCCUACUCGCUCGGCUUUUCCUGCCAUUGAACCGCCACAGCCAGCAGUGAACGGCAGCUCUAGAGUUGGUCGGUCGGCUAAACCUACUGUAUCUGUGGAGGAAGCCGACAACGACGCUGAUACCGGCCCGAAGAAGAAGCGGAAGACGUCUCCUCCAGCGAACGAAGCCUCUCGUCCUGUGCGCUCAACCGUUACUGUAGAAGAGAUCGAUGAUGAUGCCUCCGCUAAAUCAAAGACUGGUAGUUCCGAACCGACUCGACCCUCCGAAGUUGUCGAGCCGGGAGAUGAGCCCCCACGCUCGCCAGUGAAACGAGGUUCGACACCACCUGGAGCGAAAUUGCCACUAGGCGUGAAGUCCUCUGUCCCGAGGGAACCAUCGAAGCUACGGUUCAGCUACCAGGCAGCGGACAAGUCGGAGUCGGGGUCGGAUGCGGAGCCAUCAACUGAGCCUGUGGCACCUCCAGCGGCUGAACCCGCACCUGUAUCCACUUUCCUGUCUGCUCCGGCCGUUGCCGCUACUGCUACUGUUGCUGCGCCAGUUGCCUUUUCCUCGUUCCAAUCCAAGCCUGUUCCUGAGCCGAUACCAUCCCCUCCAGCUUCUGCAAAGGCUGAGCCUAAUGUCAAGGUUACUAUCAGCCCUAAGGAAGUCGUACUCGCGAUGAACGCUCGUGAACUUCCCAAGUACUCCUUCGAUCUCAACAUGGGUAGUUACGAUGCCAGCCCGAGUCACGUUAAAGCUCGGGAGGCUGUUCUCGUGCUUCCAGCGUCUUCUCUACCGACCUACGACUUCUCCAAGCCUGCGCCCCCACCACCGGCCGUCGCCCCUUCCUCUGCGCCGAAGACUUUCGAUUGGUCUGGAGCUGGUAUGAGUGCAUCAAAGGCAUCCAGCACGGAAACCUGGCAGUGCGCUACUUGUAUGCUCCAGAACCCGGACUCUGCCAAGGAAAAAUGCACGAUUUGCGAGGCCCCUCGCCCCGGCGCAGCUCCGCCUGCCCCCAAGACGAACGGCUUCAACUGGGGCGCUUCGGGCAUGAAAGCACCCUCUGCUCCGGGCGGCGACAAAUGGACUUGUAGCACAUGUAUGCUCCAGAACCCGGACUCUGCGAAGGAGAAGUGCACAGUUUGCGAGGCUGCACGUCCCGGUGCGGCUCCUCCCGCACCCAAGAUGGACGGGUUCAACUGGGGCGCAGCGGGGAUGAAAGCACCUUCGGUACCCACGAGUAAUACUUGGACAUGCAACACUUGUAUGCUGCAGAACCCGGACUCGGCCAAGGAGAAAUGUACGGUCUGCGAAGCUGCACGUCCUGGCGCAGCUCCGGCUGCUCCCAAAGUAGUAGGCUUCAACUGGGGCGCUGCGGGGUUGAAGGCGCCGCCAGCAUCGAGUGACGCGAUGUGGACGUGCGGGACGUGCAUGCUGUCGAACCCGACGAAUGCGAAGAAGUGUACGGUUUGUGAAGCGGAGCGGGUGUGAUGGUGAUGGUUUGCUUUGUUAUUUUUGUGUUGGUUGAAACAUGCGAGUUUACGGUAAUUGCUGCACAACAUCUCUAUUAGUACGUACAUAGCAUAUUUUUACUUUGGCGCUUUGUUUUUCUCGAUUUGUCCACCGUUAGUUUAACAUCUUGCAUUGCUAUCGCUCCCAUGGGCACAGAUUUUUUUUCGUCCGUCUCUUUGUCACCGUUGUCGAGCAAGCGGAAAAGUUGCUAUCGAGGUCUCCCGCGAAGUUGAGACUGGGCCAUUGUCUCAAUGUUACGUCGCCAUUAUCGACGACAAACCUUUGACUAACAUCUUGAUCUUAUCUCGACCUUUCUUGUAAGGCUCACCAACCGUGUUUCAGGCUAUACGGACCAAUGUCGGUGUCACAGCAAAUGCAUAAAACAUAGA